AUGUCUUUUCUCAGUCUUCCUCCUGAGAUUCAUCAGCGAAUCCUAUCAUACAUCCUCUCCGCUCGAGAUGUGGCCGCCUUGUCGAUCCAAUGUCGCGCUCUUCACGCCAUGUGCGACAUGCCAACACGCAAAAUUUAUGACACAAUUAGCAUCUACUCAAACGACGAGAGCAUUGACGGGGCAUUCGGGCUUCUAAUGAACAUCUUGAAACGGCCAACUCUAGGCCAUUAUGUGCGCCAUGUUGAGUCCUGUUCGGCGACCUUUCUCUCCAUGGAAUUCAAAGAGACUGCACCUCAGCGCGGAGUAAACGAUGAAGAUACGGCUCUCGUGCGGGGUGCCGUGAAGAAAGCUGGGUUUUCAGGCCACAGCGAGGACCGCGUAGUCAAUAUGCUCAUGCAGAGGAUGGAACAUGCGACAGGGUCAUAUGGAUUUUACAAGUACCGUGAUACACUUGGCACCUUUAUUGCGCAAGCCCUCAUUGCGGUUCUCAUUGCACUCUCGCCCAACCUUACAUCGAUGGCCACACCACCGCCCUUUCGCUGGCACGGACAGGAGGGGGUGUCAUACCCACUUGUCGAAUUUCUUCGCCAGGUCAAAGCUAGUCCAGAAGCAAAGCCAUACUUUCAAAAUCUGCGGAAGGUAUAUUUGAUUAAUAAAUCUGACAGUACAUGGUCGGACGGCCGUUUCUACGUUCCAAUGGACUUCCUUGCCUGCUGGGAGUUGUUUGACCAACUUCCAUCUAUUGAAUCUAUCGGGGCGGAUCUCGUUGUGGCAGAUGAGAACGAUAAACAGGCCCUUGAGAGCAGGCUCUCAAACAUUAGCAGGAUUGCAAUCAACCACUCGCAUAUCAACUCAAAUAUUCUUGUUCAAUGCAUUUCAUCAUGCAGAAUUCUCAGAGAGCUCCAAUAUUCAAUUGGAGGCAGGGCAAGCAGUGAUGGAAGCUCCCCGACCGUCAAUCCCAAGGCAAUCAUCAAAGCGAUCUUAGGGCACAAAGACAGCCUUGAGAUUCUAGAUCUUGAUGUUGAUAGUGUCACUCGCCUUGAAGGUCUGGCAGGAGAUGAAUAUGAUUACGAAAGUAUGGAGUUCGAACUUGAUAGAGAUGGGUCUCCAUUUAAGGAGUGGGUGCAUCCUGGUGUUAGUGAGAGUUUACGCUCCAUAUGGAUGCGUCAAGGGUCACUGAAGGAUUUUGGAACUUUAAAGGAACUGAGCCUGGGCUUAGAAUUCUUAGUAUAUUUUGCCAGGGGUGUGAGAGCCAGUGAAGCUCCUGUGGAAGAAGCUUCUAUGGAAGAUCACGAGUGGCCCAUAGUGGCUGAUUGCCUCCCUGAAAGUCUUGAAUAUUUGUGUAUCAGAGGAUACGAGAAGGGGGUGAGUGAAGAGCUUGAUAGACAGGUAGAUGCAUUGAUGGCCUACUACGAGUCUGGAUCAUCGAACCUGAAAGAGAUCAAGGGACUUGUGGAAACGAUACCCAAUUCCGAUACCGUGGGUAGUCCAGAUAAUAACGGGGAGUUAUUGUGGUCGCUUACUGAGAUGGGCUAUGAGAGUGACUGGUGA